AUGCCAAGCACCGGAGGGACAAACUUUCAUCCUCAGUCAGGCCAUCCUGGAGUUACUUGGUGUAGUGAGAGGAGAACUUGGAGAAUAUGUUAUGCACCGGAACCAGGAAAGCGUGUGACAAAGAGUUUUAACCCACGUCAUUAUGGUGGUUUAGAACAAGCAUUACAAGCUGCUAUUGAAUAUUUGAGAGAACAAAAAGCAAAGUUAAGUUUAUACAGACCCAAUGGAAACUCAAAUAAAGGAGAGAACUCAGCUAGUAUAAAUAUUAAAAAGAUGAAUGAGAAGCUGAAUGAUAUGCAUCAUUCAUCAACCAGCGUAUUAGAAAUGGAUAUUAAUAAUAAGUGUGGAGGCAAACAUAAUGGAUCAAACUGGAAUAAUAACAUUCCAUAUAAUGGGUUUGAAUAUGGGUCUGGCUUGGGUAAUUCUGAGCUGAGCAAUAUUAAUGGUGAAUUAUUACCCGGAUUUGAUGGUGGAAAAGUUGCUAAUGUCAAUCAAAAUCUAUUUGGCUUAGAAAAUUCAAGUGAACAAUGGAAUGCAGCAGCAGCGGCAGUAAUAGCACAUGCAAUCACUACUUCAAAAUCAAAUGGAGUAAACCAAAAGAGAAAAGCUAAUUGUGAAUACUCGGCUUCGAUGAGAGCACCUUCCACAAAAGCUAGCAAGUCUUCAAAUUUAUAUGGUGAACAUACAUACUUUAAUUCUCAAUCAUCACAAACUAACAUUGAAAUGAGUGGAAUGACCGGAUACUGUUGUGAGUGCUAUUAUAAUAAUAGCAAUAAUGGUAAUAAUUUACCAAACAAUCCUUCUAAUGGAAAUAGUAACUCAAAAGUUAAUGAUGAACAGAAUUCAGCAAUAUCAAAUCAAAUGGAUAAUAAUAUGAAUCAUGUUCAUUGUAAUAAUGGCCAAAACCAUAUGAUUGGACACAAUUCUUUCCAUCAUUAUUCAUGUUCCCAAUCAAGCAAAUCAACUGUUUCAACAAAUAAUGUUAGUAAUUCAAAUAACAAUAGUAUUCACCCAUUCAUCUAUGAUUAUAAUGAUCAGAGUAAUGUCAAUGAUUUGAUGAAUAUCAGAACUCCAAAAUACGUUAAUUAUCAACGCCAUUCAGGAAAUCAGAAUUUAGAUGAUGAUUUAUUACAUCCAUCAAUUGCAUCAUCUUCUCCUUUGGGCAAAGUUUUUCAAUCUACUCCUUAUUCAAAUAUUGACAAUUAUGAUGCAAUUUUGACACCAGACAUGAGAUCAGGAAAUUCCCAAAACCAUUCAUCUGGUUUAAAUGUUAAUAAUAGUGGUAGAUAUUAUGGUAAUGGCAAUAUGUUUGAAAACGAUGGAGGAAUCGUCGCCAAUUCUAAUAAAUCAGGUAAUAACGGUAUCAACAAGUCUAGCUAUACUAACUGUAACAAUAAUGGCAAUAAUAGUAAUAAUAAUGGCAAUAACAACAAUAGUGGAAAUAACAACACAAAUUUAGGUUGCAAUCAUCCCAAUCAUGUUAAUUCAAGUUAUUCAUCUUGCAAUAAUUGUAUUUCAAAUGUAUCACAAAAUGAUUUUGGUGAUUUUAACACUCCAUAUUCUUCAUGGUUUGAAGGGUUAGGUUCUUGUUAUUCCGAAAUAGAAGAUACUUUCUUAAAUAAAAGUAGCCAUUUAUUGCCUGUUGGUUCUCUUGGCCCAUAUUCUUUUCAACCAUACAAAGAACAACCACAUAGUGAUGUUUCAGGAAAGUCUAUUGUUGAAAGUAUAUUAUUACCAUUAUCAACAACUAGUUGCGGUACAUCGGCAGAACCACAAUUAUCAAACGAUCUAAUUCUCGACUCAUGCCAGAACAUUAAUUUAUAUCAAAAUAAUACCACUACCGUCACAAAUAACAGUAGUAAUAAGAGUGUUUGUUUAAAUGAUACAGGUGAAAUUUGA